AUUAACAAGCUCGGGUGAAGGUGCGCUUCACUGACUGGAUGAACAUUAUACAACAGAUGACAAACAGUGAAGAAAGCUUAUUUAUUCAUUCCGUGUAGAGUUGCUUAAUUAUAUGGAGCAGCCUAGAAGCUAGCACUCGAGUUCAUUUAGACACGGGAUUAACUCAGCCCGAGGGAUAAAAUGUCAAUAAACAAGAAAAAUUGGACUGCUCUCUCCAGUCUGGCAAGGCAGAGAUCAAUGGAAGAUGAUGAGGAAUUUGAGAAAGCUCGUCGGCGCCGGACCAGACUAAGUAAUUCAAAUCAUGAAGAAAUCGCUGAAGAACAGCAUACAUCUGAAAACAGCACCCUGUUUAAUGACCAAGAAGAAACGUCAUCGCCAAGCUUGGAGGAUGAAACCGUAGCAUUUGCUGAAAUGCUGAGAAGAAGAGAAGAGGACAAAAGACGCCAUCAACGAGAAACUUUGCAGAGUCUGAAAUUAGCAAAGUUCGCCUCUGAGACAGAAAUUGAAAAGGAAAGCACAAGCAAGCAGGAGAAUGAAAACCAGAAGCCAGAUAUGCAGAAAGCGGUCAAUGCUGCACAGUGGAAGAAAUCAGAUGAAGAUUGUAGAAAAAAAAUCGAUGAACUCACAAUUAAGCAGGAAAAGGAGGCCAACAGCAGUGUAGCCAGGACACAGAAUCAUUCUGGUAAAGAGAACGCCUGCAGUCAAUCACCUCUUCAAUCGCCUCUCAGUCCAGUACAUACCACACGGGCUUUUAUAAGCUUAGGAAAGCCAAAAGAAGUGAAAAGUCCAAGGUUGAAAACACAGCUGAGUUUCGAGAAUGACAAAUGCUAUCAGCAAGAAAACAGCAGCACAUCGAUUGCAAAUGAUUAUUUCAGACCUCAGGCAAAAUCCACUGAGCCUAAAAUGGGUGAAAGAAGAGGAUGUGAACAAACAGGACAAGAGCCCCCUAAACGAGAAAGUGUCAGCAAAGCAGGUACACAGGAAGUAAAAAGAACAUCUGCUGUUAACACACAGAUACAGCAUCAGAAAAAUGAAAACAGUAGUGAAGAUUCCAAUUCCAAUGCUGUACCCUUUCGUCGUUUCACUUCAAGAGCCACAUCAUUCAGAGUUUCAAAUUCCGAGGUGAAAAGCCAACCAUUCCAAAGAAGUGCUAGUCUAAGGAUUCCAAAAAAGAUUGAUGACAGACUUGAACAAUAUACAAAGGCAAUCCAGAGAAGUGAUAGCAGGAAAGCAAAACAAUCCCCUUCUAAUUAUCUGACCCGACCAUUAGAGGGCGUUGCAAGCAAACGAUGUGUGUUUGAGAAGGAAGAUGCUCAGGAUUCCAGUGCUCGACAUUACACAAGUAGAAAGGAUAUCAGACCAGGAGAUGUAACCAACAAACGCAAUCUGUGGGAGAACAAAGCUGAUUCUCUUGAAAAGAAAGAACUCCAUACAAAGAGUAACAUGUCAAAGUGAAAAAGGAGACAAUUCUAUAUUCCCGGAACCAAACUGAUUUCAUAAAAUGUAAUUAUUUUCCUUAAAUCUUGAAGUUGGUUAAUAUUUUACCCAGACAUGAUCAAGCUAAUUCUCCAGAAAGAGUGAUUUUACAAUAAAACUAUAAUAUUCUAAUAAAGGGAUUCAAUUGCUUUCAAAAUUGUAAUAUGACAUGAAAAACAAUACUACUGCUUUUUUAGGUGAUUGUGUUUCAAUUUAAACCAAUGCAGCAUGGGAACAAAUCAGGUUCAAAACUUUGUAAAAUAAGAGGCUUUAAAUUUUACACUUUUUUAUGUUAUAGAUGUAAUAUUAUGUUCACUGUAUUUCAGUUAUUUUCUCAAAAAUAAAUUUGAAGAAUGAUACUAGGUCUUUAAAUUAUGUA